AUGGACAAGAACGACCUGGUACAGAAGGCUAAGCUGGCCGAGCAGGCCGAGCGCUACGACGACAUGGCGGCGGCGAUGAAGGCGGUGACGGAGCAGGGCGGCGAGCUCUCCAACGAGGAGCGCAACCUGCUGUCGGUGGCCUACAAGAAUGUGGUGGGGGCGCGUCGCUCCUCCUGGCGCGUCAUCUCCAGCAUCGAGCAGAAGACCGAGGGCAACGAGAAGAAGCAGCAGAUGGCCCGUGAAUACCGGGAGAAGAUUGAGGCCGAGCUGCAGGACAUCUGCAAGGAUGUGCUGGUGAGAGAGAGAGCGAGAGCUUGCUAGUCUAUGGGCCCCCAUCGCUUUUAAAGGAGUCCCUUGAUGCUAUGGGGACAGGUGAUAUAAUGUGACACGGGCUGGAGUUCUAUUCAUUUAGAGUCCAGGCAAUUAGGGAAUGUUUUUGGAAGUGGAAAUUGUAAAUGGGAAAAUGCCCUAUUUACACAACAGGCAUUUUUCCUUUAGCGUGAAUGUGAGCUGGAAUUAAUUUGACCCCAAAGCAAGGUUGCAGAGCAUCAUCUAUUUUUGGUUCAUCUUUUGUUUGGUCCUGUGUGUUGAAAGGGUGGAGUUGACUGACACCCAAUCUACCCCUUUUCUUGGUUUUAGGCACUCCUCGACAAUUAUCUCAUUGCCAAUGCGACUCAGGCAGAAAGCAAGGUGUUCUACCUUAAAAUGAAAGGUGACUACUACAGAUAUCUGUCUGAGGUGGCAUCUGGAGACUCAAAGAAGAGUAAGUAGAUCUCUGUCCUAUGAAGAAGCUUCUGAGUCACAUUGUGUUGCCAAGAACCCAUCAUUGUUAAUCGGCCGCUUUUCCUCAGCCUCUGAUUAUCAUGGAAAUAAGCAAAACCUCAAUUUUUAUAAUCUGCUGCUUGCACUGCUUUUUAAGACUUAAGUGGUAUCAUCAGUGGCCUGAUUUGAUGUCCACAUAGUACAUAAUAUCUAGACAAUGUUCAAUCAGUAUCCAUUAUACAGGAGAUGCGCUGUGAAAUGAAACAUGAAUUCUCUUCAACAAAAGCAUGAUGAGUGAAUACCGUUAAUUCAUUGGGCCUCUUCUCUCCCCAUCACAGCCACAGUGGAGAACUCCCAGCAGGCCUACCAGGAGGCAUUUGACAUCAGCAAGAAGGACAUGCAGCCGACACACCCCAUCAGGCUGGGCCUCGCUCUCAACUUUUCCGUCUUCUAUUACGAGAUCCUCAACUCCCCCGAGCAAGCCUGCAGUUUGGCGAAGGCGGUGGGGCAACUUUAUACACACUCUCUCACGCACGUUCCACCAUCACACUGCAGUGCCUGCGUGAUACAGAAGGAGCCUUUUUUGGCCUCCGAAUCAAUACGAAGUGCAAACAUGCCCCUCCUGCUCAGCUUUUUGACACAAACCUGCUUGUUAACACCGGUGCUCGUGCUGUUGGCAUUUGCCAGAUAUUUAAAUGAAAAAUAGACGUUGUGAUGGAUGGUGCUUUGUCAUCUGGAGUACCAAGUGUCAAUUGGUAUUCCCUUUUAGGGGUAAUGCGUUUAAAAAGUGUUGUGGCAUUUUAGGUUGUGGUUUUCUGGGUCUUAUAAAACACGUUUUUUUUCUCCAUAUACCUGUUUUCCCUCUAGGCUUUUGACGAAGCGAUCGCUGAGCUUGACACCUUGAACGAGGACUCUUACAAAGACAGCACCCUGAUCAUGCAGCUACUAAGGGACAACCUCACUGUAAGUGCUUACCGACAAUACACGCCUUGCCAACGUAAUGCCAUUCAAAUGCAUUAUCGUUCGAUACACUUGGAACUAAAUGCCUCGAGUGUAUGAAUCCAAUGAAUUCAAUGUUUGGGUUUGUUUUUUCUCCCUCCUCUGCAGCUGUGGACAUCAGAAAACCAGGGUGACGAGGGGGAUGCCGGUGAAGGGGAGAACUAAAGGCGUUGCACAUCACUGUUAAUCCACCCACACUCUUCUCUCUUCUCUUACACAUAUACAGCCCGUACAUCCCUGCUCCAUCCAGCCCCCUCCCUUUCUGUAUGACAAGCAGCAUGAAUUGUACCUGACCUACCAGUUGUGCCCUUUCUCAGAUAUACUCAGAGUCAACAGGGGUUACCUGUUGUUAACAAGCAGAGUAUUGUUUUGUGAGGAUAAAAUAAAACUAAAUUUACCCGGUUGAGUGGCAAGGCCAUUCCCUCCUCCCCCUCUCCCUCCCUUUUGAUUCCCUUCUAACAUUUCAUAAAGAUAUGUUCUUUCACCUAGCAAGAUAUGCAUUUAUAGUGUCCCUUUUUUGCUUUGCUAGUGUACUGGCGAUUGCUGGUUUUUAUUCAAAAAAGGUAAUUAAACUGUCUGUUUAUUUUCAACAAACACUGUGAUGCUUAGUUUUUCUCCACAUAAUCACAAAUAAAUUCUGGUCGCUAAAAUUCAGGACUGUAUGGUUUGAGUAGCAGUGCAAUUCUGCUGUGGCCUCAUAGAGAAUGGUAUGAGGUUGUAUUGUGACACUGACUAACAUGCAUAUUGCUGUGUAUUGUUCAUUUUAUUUUGGAUCUGGAACUAAAUGAAUAAAAGGGACCCUAGGUUUUGCCAUUCAAUGUCUGUCCAGCUGAAAAUAAAAAAAUAACAUUCCAUUAAAACCUAACAUUAAAGGUAGACUCAGUGAAAUAACGUUGCCACGUGCAGCACUGCAGAUAUUGCGACGAGCGAGAUUCAAUACUUUGGUCUUACACAGUCACACGGUAUCUGCGCAUGCGCACAGGUUUGCUUCACGUUGUUAGAGCGUGGUAGGUACGGGACCAAAACAGAUUAAAAGUUGAGCUCCUGCUUCAACACUCUUAGUUGUUGCGGAAAUAGACCCACUUUGCUGUUUACUUUCUGCAUCUACGUCAUUUCGCUGAGUCUACCUUUAAAAUGAUAUACCUUUUCUUAACAAACCGGAGCAUUCUCCUAAUGUUAUGUACUAGAACAGUUGACAUAAAGGUUUGACAUUAGUACAAUGAUACUCGUUUGUUCUUAAAUGUAACUUUUUUGCUUUGCGUAAUAAUGACUUACACUUUGGUUCAAAACUGUAAAUUUUUAGAGGUAAAUAUAAAUCUGUCUUCAAUUUUGUUAACCUGCUUGCAAAGAAACACCUUAAAGCCGUUAUGUUGAACUUUUACAUCUUGGUUAUUAAAGCCUAUCUUGAAGGCCUUAUGCUGACAGUCCAAACUGACCAGUCAAAAGUUGUUUCCUUUAUGAAAUGAUAUCUACGAGAAUGCAUGCUCUUGCCCACGAAGAGUGUGUAAGCAAGUCCCCUAAUGUAAGUUGUGUAUCAAAGUCCGAGAUGGCAUUGAUGCCUUUGUUUUGUGUAUCUCCAGACUUAAGGGUCUAUCAGAGGAGACCAUCUUGUAGUGGAAUGCAGUCAGUGGAUGGGUUAGAUUCUGGAGCAGUGCAAGGACCUUGUAGAAGUAGCUGAAUUCACUCAGUGUCACAAUACCUUGUCAUCACCAUAACAUUCCACUUAGGUGUUGAAUUCAUCUGUUUCAGUAUGUCUUGCUGAAGACAAUGUUUCAUGCACUGAAGAAAAAUCUCCCCCUUAGCUGAAUAAAUGGCAGUUAUUCUACGCUUGAUAAAAAAAAAAUUCAGUAGUGAAUGUGAAACCGAGCCUGUCUGUAUAUCUGGUAUCUCCAAUCGCUUUAUUUUUACUGACCAGUAUUCUGCCUAAAGUUUGCUUCUGUGAUGGUUUAUAUUGCUUAGCGCGCACGUGGUUGUGAAAAUGUAGAAUAGCAUUUAAAAAAACACAAAUACACAAAAAAACAACCCUGGUUAUUGACGUAAUACUAUAUUUGUGUAUGUCUUUUAAAACAGUUCUAGUUUCACCCUACAUGUUAUCAGGAAAGUGUAAAAGACAAUUUAAAGUGAAAUAAAAGUUUUAUCAGUUCCAAA